UCUGGGUUGGGCAGUGAAUGGGGGAUAUGAAUACGGAUGCUGCAGAAUUUGUGGGCUGCCAUUCGGGAUUUGCAAGCACAUCCGGAAAGAUAGUAGAGGCUCUACGGGCCUGUGUGCGAAUUCUUGGUGGUUGCAGGACAAUACUUGUGCUCGCCACCUCACCAGCUUGUACUGCACUUAUGGGACUCGUUAUGUCGCCAAGUGAUUCUGCAGUGCUGGUAUGUGAAAAACCAGGAUGUACUAGGCCACUGGUGCUCGCCAGUUCACCAAAAGGUAGCAUGGCACUAGUACUGGCACUCUGCUGCAUUUGAGAGUCAUCAAAAUUUACUGACAAGUGCUAACAGAGAUGAGGACUGAUUCUGCC